GGAAAGCUCCAGCAGCCGGAGGAGGAGGAAGAGGAGGAGGACUCUUCGGUGACCAGUUCAGGCCACAGUGUCGGACUAUUCACCGGACAAACGCCUCCGGAGGAAGAAGUUCAGGAGAGAGAAGUUAUACGACGACUUUCGUCUUUUUUCUUCGUUUUUUGAGACAAACAUUGUUUGUUGUUGUUGGAAAACUUAAAAAAAUUAAUAAUUAAAUUUUUUCCCUACGUCAUCAUUUUUUUUAACGAAAAACUCAAAGUUUUGCUCAGUGGGAAGAAACUUCUUCAUCAACUCCUGGAUUACACAAAAAUGUAUUUCCUCUAAAGUCCCUACGUCCAUGUCCCCCCGUCCCGUCAUGAAGAGGCCGUGUGAGGACAGCAGCUCGGCCGAGAGCGACGAGGAGGAGACGAUCGAUGUGGGCAGUGACAACAUGUAUCCAGGGCACACGGACACGAGGACGAGACGACGUGGAUCACCACCGACCACGACCACGCAAGUGAUGGCGAGGAAAAAGCGCAGAGGGAUCAUCGAGAAGCGACGCAGAGACAGAAUCAACAACAGUUUGUCGGAGCUGCGACGACUCGUCCCCACAGCGGUUGAGAAGCAGGGCUCGGCCAAACUGGAGAAGGCGGAAAUCCUGCAGAUGACCGUGGACCACCUGAAGACGCUGCAGGUCACGGGAGGGAGAGGGUGUUUGGACGCCCACGCUCUGGCCCUGGACUUCCUGUCUCUUGGUUUCAGGGAGUGCGUGACGGAGGUCUCCCGCUACCUGAGCGCCGUGGAGGGGCUGGACUCCGGCGACCCCCUGCGCUCCCGCCUCCUCUCCCACCUCACCUCCUGCGCCUCGCAACGCGCCGCCGCCCCCUCCCCCUCUCCAUACCACCACCACCCGCAGCAGCCUCACCCCUUCCACCCUCAUCACUGGGCCGCCGCCGUCGCCACUGCGGCUGCAUUCCGGCACGUGCCGGCCUCCGCGCCGUACGGACUGAGCGGGCUUCCUGUUUCCCCAGACGCCGCCCACAAGCUGGCCUGCUCCUCCUAUUCCUCCCACGCAGACUCCUCCUCCUCCUCUCCCUCCUCCUCCUCGUCUCUUGUGCUCCCCUGUGGCCCCGCCCCUCUCGCCGCCUCCCUCCUCUCCCUCUCUGCCUCAUUUCCCAUCACCCUCCACGGAGGUUUCCCCGUCCUUCCUCCUCCCCUCUCCUCCUCCUCCUCCUCCUCUUCCUCCCAGACUCCACACGGCAGCAGUAAACCCUACAGACCGUGGGGAACCGAGGUCGGAGCGUUCUGACGGACUCGGCUCCUGACUGACCUCUGACCCCUCCCACCUGUUGACCUGUCGUCCUUCUUCAUUGUCUUCACCCGCUGGUUUGUUGUCGUGAAUCUUCCGCUCAGAUGAAAGAAAUAUCCAGAUUUACAGUUUUUAACACGUUUUUCUUCCUGUAUGAGAUUCUCUCCACUUGAUAUAAAUGGGUUUUUUUUGCUGCAGAGAAAUUAAAAAAAGUUCAUAUUUAUUAUUGAUGUCAA